AACAUGUUCCCAGAGCAAUAUUUGUUGAUCUGGAGCCGAGUGUAAUAGAUGAGGUUAGAACUGGGACCUACAGAGCUCUCUUCCACCCGGAACAACUUAUUUCAGGGAAGGAGGAUGCCGCAAACAAUUAUGCGCGGGGCCAUUACACUAUAGGAAAAGAGAUAGUCGAUGUUGUUCUUGAAAAACUCAGGAAGCAAGCUGAAUCCUGCACUGGGCUUCAGGGUUUCCUCAUUUUUCAUUCUUUCGGCGGAGGAACUGGAUCAGGGUUCACCUCUCUUCUUAUGGAAAGAUUAUCUGUAGAUUAUGGGAAGAAAUCUAAACUUGAGUUUUCCAUAUAUCCUGCUCCUCAGGUUGCUACUGCUGUGGUUGAACCUUACAACUCUAUCCUGACUACCCACACCACCCUGGAGCACUCAGAUUGCGCCUUUAUGGUAGACAACGAGGCUAUCUAUGAUAUCUGUAAAAGGAACUUGGACGUUGAGAGACCUUCAUACAGCAAUCUUAACAGAUUGAUCAGUCAGAUUGUAUCAAGCAUCACUGCAUCAUUGAGAUUUGAUGGCGCAUUAAACGUUGAUCUUACAGAGUUCCAGACAAACCUGGUUCCAUAUCCCAGGAUUCACUUCCCUCUUGUUACCUAUGCUCCAGUACUCUCCAGUAACAAGGCAAACCAUGAGAGCCUGACUGUGGCGGAUAUCACCAACUCGUGUUUCGAGCCAGUAAAUCAGAUGGUUAAAUGUGACCCUAGGCAUGGGAAGUACAUGGCAUGUUGUCUCUUGUACCGUGGAGAUGUUGUACCGAAGGAUGUUAACACAGCCAUUGCCUCGAUCAAGAACAAGAGAUCUGUUCAGUUUGUGGAUUGGUGUCCCACAGGGUUCAAGGUUGGAAUCAACUACCAGCCUCCAACUGAGGUUCCUGGAGGAGAUCUUGCUAAAGUUGCUCGUGCGGUGUGUAUGCUCUCCAAUACUACAGCAAUAGGUGAAGCAUGGGCCAGACUUGAUCACAAGUUUGAUCUGAUGUAUGCUAAGCGAGCCUUCGUCCACUGGUAUGUGGGGGAAGGUAUGGAGGAGGGAGAGUUUAGCGAGGCUAGGGAGGAUCUGGCAGCCCUAGAGAAAGAUUACGAGGAGGUUGGUCUGGAUACUGUGGAUCCGGAGGACGGUGAAGGAGGUUUGGAGGAGUACUAGAAGUUUGGCCAGGAUACUCUGGAUCCCGAGGACGGAGAAGAAGGUCUUGAAGAAAACCAGUUUAUUGAAAGUUAAAAAUCUCUUAACUAUAGUUUUUUAUUCUUUUCUACUAACUGAAUAAAUAUUAACUCUUAA